AUGUGGGGCCGCUCGGCGUGGCGGUGCUGCCCACGGGGGCUCAAGCGCGGCCGGACGGCGCUGCUGGUGCUGCUGGCGCUGCUGGCGCUGGCCGGGCUGGGCUCGGUGCUGAGGGCGCAUCGCGGGGCCGGGGCCGGGGCCGGGGCCGGGGCGGCCGAGCGGAGACCCCCGCGCCCCCCGCGCUCCGGCCGGCGCGACCCGGUCCUGCCGCGGCCGCCGGUGCCGGAGGGCGCCCUGGGCGCGCGGGGCGAGGCGGUGCGGCUGCAGCUGGAGGGCGAGGAGCUGCGGCUGCAGGAGGAGAGCGUGCGGCUGCAUCAGAUCAACACCUACCUCAGCGACCGCAUCUCGCUGCACCGCCGCCUGCCGGAGCGCUGGAACCCGCUGUGCAAAGAAAAGGAAUAUGAUUAUGAUCAGUUGCCCACAACAUCUGUGGUCAUAGCAUUUUAUAACGAAGCCUGGUCAACUCUCCUUCGGACAGUGUACAGUGUCCUCGAGACGUCCCCAGACAUCCUGCUGGAAGAAGUUAUCCUUGUCGAUGACUACAGCGAUCGAGAGCACCUGAAGGAACGCCUGGCCAAUGAGCUGUCAAAGCUGCCCAAGGUGCGCCUGAUCCGCGCCAACAAGAGGGAGGGCCUGGUGCGAGCCCGGCUGCUGGGGGCUUCCGUGGCAAAGGGCCAAGUGCUGACCUUCCUGGACUGCCACUGUGAGUGCCACGAGGGCUGGCUGGAGCCACUGCUGCAGAGGAUCCACGAAGAGGAGUCGGCAGUGGUGUGCCCUGUGAUUGAUGUGAUCGACUGGAACACCUUCGAGUACCUGGGGAACUCCGGAGAGCCCCAGAUCGGCGGUUUUGACUGGAGGCUGGUGUUCACGUGGCACGUGGUUCCCGAGAGGGAGAGGAUGCGGAUGCGGUCCCCUGUCGAUGUCAUCAGGUCUCCAACAAUGGCUGGUGGGCUGUUUGCUGUGAGUAAGAAAUAUUUUGAAUAUCUGGGGUCUUAUGAUACAGGAAUGGAAGUAUGGGGCGGAGAAAACCUCGAAUUCUCCUUUAGGAUCUGGCAGUGCGGCGGGAUCCUGGAGACGCACCCGUGUUCCCAUGUGGGCCACGUGUUCCCCAAGCAAGCUCCCUACUCCCGCAAAAAGGCCCUGGCCAACAGCGUCCGUGCAGCCGAAGUGUGGAUGGAUGAAUUCAAAGAGAUCUACUACCACCGCAAUCCCCACGCCCGCUUGGAGCCCUUUGGAGACGUGACAGAGAGGAGGCAGCUUCGCGCCAAGCUCCAGUGUAAGGGCUUCAAGUGGUUCCUGGAGACCGUGUAUCCAGAGCUGCACGUGCCCGAGGACAGGCCUGGCUUCUUCGGGAUGCUGCAGAACAAAGGACUGAAAGAUUACUGCUUUGACUAUAACCCUCCCAGCGAGCAGGACCUCACGGGCCACCAGGUCAUCCUGUACCUCUGCCACGGGAUGGGCCAGAACCAGUUUUUCGAGUACACAUCCCAGAAUGAGAUCCGCUAUAACACCCACCACCCGGAGGCCUGCAUCGCUGCGGAGGCCGGAGCAGAGAUCCUCAUCAUGCACCUCUGCCAGGACAGGGCCCCGGAGAACCAGAAGUUCAUCCUGCAGGAGGAUGGUUCUUUAUUUCACAUGCAGUCCAAGAAGUGUGUUCAGGCUGAGAAGAAGGCGCUCAGCAACAGCUUCGUACCACUCCUACGAGAUUGCACCAACUCGGAUCAUCAGAAAUGGUUCUUUAAAGAACGCAUGUUCUAG